AAAUAACAAUAUUGCAACAACAUUUCCUAAGCUAAAAUAUUUACCAUACCAACUUUAAAACCAUGUCCUAUCCCAGCAAAUUGGACAAGUCCAUGAUUGUGAAAUACAGUGCUGGAUUUAUGUUCUACAUAGAGAAGCACAAGCUGAUGGAGAUUAUGAGCCGUGUGCUGGCCGAGUUGUCGCUGCAAUCCGUGCCAGAUGUGCGUCAAUGGCUAGGUGAAAACAUACGUCGCAUUGCCCAAGAUGUGUACUCCAAGGCACUGAAUGCCUUUCAUCUAGGCAUAGCCGGAGAUUAUUACCAACUACCCAAGAACUUCUAUCAUCGAAUUGUGAUGCACGGUCGAGCAGGUUCGGGACGUCGCACGUUGGCUCAUGCGCUGGCCGAGCGAUGGAAUCUGCUCAUCUUGGAUGCAGACACUCUCGCUUAUCAUCACAUCAAUGGCCGGCGACAGGAUGCGAAUGCUUUGCAGCUGCAGGCUGGCAUCGAGCAGGAUAAUGUUGUGAUGCGCUCCGAGGCCAUAGGGAAUAUAAUACAAGCCCGUUUGCUCAAGGAGGAUGCACUGCAUCGCGGUUGGAUACUCUACAAUUAUCCGAACAAUAGCUGUGAAGCUCGUGAACUGUUCGAGAACUUCACAGUGCCUCCAAAUCGUUUCGUCUUCCUACAGAUCGAUGAGCAUAUGGCGAGAAUGCGUCAAUUGAUGCGCGCCUAUAAGCCAAGUCCGCAGGAUACAAUGCUUUAUUUGGAUCGCCAGAUGCAACAGUUUCGCAAAAGUGAAUCGCUGCUCAACUCGUAUCUUAGUCAUCGCCGUGAGGUGCUCUAUGUGGAUGCCACAGCUUGCUUUGAGAAUGUCAAGUGCGAGAUCAUGUCGCAGUUGACCAAGACGCCUUAUGUCCUCGGCUGUAAAUACGGCGAGAGCAGCGCUCACGAUUGAAUGACGUACUUGAUUUUCUGCUUCUCCAAUUACAAUUCUCCAGUUCGGCAAUAAAUUAUGAAAUAUGCGCGCUACA